UCGGCAUGUGAGCUCGGAAGGGGUUGGGCUGAAGGAGAGCGGCGCUACUGAUUGGCUGCUGCGAGGCGGUGGGCGGGGCGACAGAGUGCAUAAAGGUCGUGGCGGGCCGCCUCGCUGUAGUUCAGUUGUUCUGCCUUGGGUUCCGUGUGUGCCGCUCCCGCUGGUGCUGCCAAGAUGUUCGAGGCGCGGCUGGUGCAGGGCUCGGUGCUCAAGCGAGUGCUGGAGGCUCUCAAGGACCUCAUCACCGAGGCCUGCUGGGACCUGGGCUCGGGCGGCAUCAGCCUGCAGAGCAUGGACUCCUCGCACGUCUCGCUGGUGCAGCUCACGCUGCGAUCGGAGGGCUUCGACACCUACCGCUGCGACCGCAACAUCGCCAUGGGCGUCAACCUGUCCAGCAUGUCCAAGAUCCUGAAAUGUGCAGGGAACGAGGACAUCAUCACCCUGCGGGCCGAGGACAACGCAGACACCUUGGCCCUGGUGUUCGAGGCACCCAACCAGGAGAAGGUUUCUGAUUACGAGAUGAAGCUGAUGGAUCUCGACGUGGAGCAGCUGGGAAUCCCAGAGCAGGAGUACAGCUGCGUGGUGAAGAUGCCCUCGGCCGAGUUCGCGCGCAUCUGCCGGGACCUGAGCCACAUCGGCGACGCCGUGGUCAUCUCCUGCGCCAAGGACGGCGUCAAGUUCUCUGCCAACGGCGAGCUGGGCAACGGCAACAUCAAACUGUCCCAGACCAGCAACGUGGACAAGGAGGAGGAGGCUGUUACAAUCGAGAUGAACGAGCCGGUGCAGCUGACCUUCGCCCUGAGGUACCUGAACUUCUUCACCAAAGCCACCCCGCUGUCCCCCACGGUGACACUCAGCAUGUCUGCAGAUGUUCCUCUGGUUGUGGAGUACAAGAUCGCUGACAUGGGACACCUGAAGUACUACCUGGCCCCCAAGAUCGAGGACCAGCAGGAUGGCUCUUAACUGCAGCAGGACUGGGGGAGAUCUGCUCCAGGCUGGAGGCAGCAAUUCCAGAGCCUGGGAGCAUCCUGGGAGCACUGUAGCUGUGUCUUGUAGAUACAACUUUUGUAAAUAUUUUUCGACUCUGCGUUUUGCUAUCCUGGUUAUCGUUGGAAAUAGGAAAGCUGAGUUUUUCUAGUCUGUUCCUGUACUCCCAGCAGUCUCUUGAAGGUGAAGUUUCUUACUCCUUUCAGCUGCUGUUGGAGAAGAGGGGCAAUAUUUAAUGGGUCAAGAUGUAUCCUGGAGUUUCCCCUGUGGAGCUGUAGCUUAGGGUUGCUGUUUUGUUAUCCCACGAAUUUGUGACCUUACUUCAUUUAUUUUUGAAGCCGAUAUUUUGACUGAAACUUGGAAAAUGGAAAUAAAAACCAUAAUUUCCUGGA